AUAAAAGAAGAGAAAGACAAGUUGGAAAUCACAAAUACUGACCUGCAAAAGAAGAAAGAACAUGCAGACAGUCUGUUUGAUGAGAUAAACAGAGAGAAAACCAACAUUAAAGAUCUGACCCUUCAGGUCGAGACAAGUAGAGAACAGCUGAAGAAAGUCAUGAACAUUAUUGCCUUAAAACAAAAAGAACAAGAACUCAAAGAUGAUGACAUAAAAAGACAAGAAGAAGAACUGCAAACCGGUAAGAACAAUGUACUGGCAGAAAGGGAAGAAGUAGAAGUUUUGAGGAAGGAUCUCAACAAGAAGAAGGAAGAAGUUGAAGCUGCCAUGAACAGCAUCAGUGGAGAGAGAGAACAACUCAAUCAGAUGAAGAUGGGCAUUGAGAGAGAGAAAGAAAUACUUUUCAAUGAGAGAGAAGGAAUUGAAGGAGAAAAGUCUGAGCUGAAAAUGAGAGAAGAUGAACUCAUUACUAAAAUGAAAUCAGCAGAAACUCUGAGAGCCAAACUCAAACAUCUCAAUGAAAGGAUGGGUGAAGAUAUGAAAACAAAAGUCAACAGACUAGAAGAAAACAAUGAAGCUGUAUUGAAACUGGUCAGUGCUUUAGAACAGAAGCAUGCAGCUCUGGAUGAACAGAAAGAAAAUAUGACAUGUUACACUGAGAUAUUAGACAAAGUAAAGGAAGGUCUGACAGGUUUACUCUCAAACAUGAUCAUCCAGAGAGAAGACAUGGAAAAUCAGUUGAAGGAAACGUUUGAGAUGGAAAAACAAGAUCUUGAAAACCUGAAGGAUGAUUUGAAACUAGAGAGAGAGGAUCUGGAUACAACGAAGGACAUGAUGAAGAAAGAGAAAAUGGACUUGGAGUUGAUGAGGUCUGACAUCCUCAAACAAACUGACAUGUUACAACGAGAUAAACAAGAUAUAAAAGAAGAGAAAGACAAGUUGGACAUCACAAAUACUGAGCUGCAAAAGAAGAAAGAACAUGCAGACAGUCUGUUUGAUGAGAUAAACAGAGAGAAAACCAACAUUAAAGAUCUGACCCUUCAGGUUCAGACAAGUAGAGAACAGCUGGAGAAAGUCAUGAAUAUUAUUGCCUCAAAACAAAAAGAACAAGAACUCAAAGACAUCAACAUAAAAAGACAAGAAGAAGAACUGCAAACCAGGAAGAACAACGUACUAGCAGAAAGAGAAGAAGUGGAACUUUUGAGGAAGGAUCUCAAUGAGAAGAAGGAAGAAGUUGAAGCUGCCAUGAACAGCAUCAGUGGAGAGAGAGAACAACUCAGUCAGAUGAAGGUUCGUAUUGACAUGGACAGAGAAAUACUUGAGAAGGAGAAGGAUAAAAUGGAAGGACUCCAGUCUGAGCUGAAAACGAGAGAAGAUGAGCUCAUGAGUAACUUAUUAACAAUUGAAACUUUGAGGGCUAAACUCAAAGAGGUGAAUGAAAAGACAUGUAAAGACAUGAAAAACAAAAUAGAGAGAUUAGAAGAAAACAAUGAAAAUUUGCAAAGGUUAUGCCUCGCAAUGAAGCAAAAUCUUGCACAGCUUGAUCAAGAGAGAGACCAGAUGACAGUUUACAAUGAAUUGAUACGGAGAGGAAAGGAUGGUCUCAAAGGUUUACUGUCACAUAUGGUUAUACAGAGAGACAACAUGGAAAACCAAAAGAGAGAAGUUUUGUUGGAAAAAGAAGAUCUCUCCAAACUGAAGGCAGAGCAGAAACUAGAGAGAGAGGAUCUGGAUAGAGCGAAUGACAUGAUGGAGAAAGAGAAACUGGACUUGGAGCGGAUGAGAUCUGACAUCUGCAAACAAACUGACAUAUUACAACGAGAUAAACAAGAUAUAAAAGAAGAGAAAGACAAGUUGGAAAUCACAAACACUGACCUGCAAAAGAAGAAAGAACAUGCAGACAGUCUGUUUGAUGAGAUAAACAGAGAGAAAACCAACAUUAAAGAUCUGACCCUUCAGGUUGAGACAAGUAGAGAACAGCUGGAGAAAGUCAUGAACAUUAUUGCCUUAAAACAAAAAGAACAAGAAGUCAAAGAUGAUGACAUAAAAAGACAAGAAGAAGAACUGCAAACCGGUAAGAACAAUGUACUGGCAGAAAGGGAAGAAGUAGAAGUUUUGAGGAAGGAUCUCAACAAGAAGAAGGAAGAAGUUGAAGCUGCCAUGAACAGCAUCAGUGGAGAGAGAGAACAACUCAAUCAGAUGAAGAUGGGCAUUGAGAGAGAGAAAGAAAUACUUUCCAAUGAGAAAGAAGGAAUUGAAGGAGAAAAGUCUGAGCUGAAAAUGAAAGAAGAUCAACUCAUUACUAAAAUGAAAUCAGUAGAAACUUUGAGAGCCAAACUCAAACAUCUCAAUGAAAGAAUGGGUGAAGAUAUGAAAACAAAAGUUAACAGACUAGAAGAAAACAAUGAAGCUGUAUUGAAACUGGUCAGUGCUUUAGAACAGAAGCAUGCAGCUCUGGAUAAACAGAAAGAAAACAUGACAUGUUACACUGAGAUAUUAGACAAAGUAAAGGAAGGUCUGACAAGUUUACUCUCAAACAUGAUCAUCCAGAGAGAAGACAUGGAAAAUCAGUUGAAGGAAACGUUUGAGAUGGAAAAACAAGAUCUUGAAAACCUGAAGGAUGAUUUGAAACUAGAGAGAGAGGAUCUGGAUACAGCGAAGGACAUGAUGAAGAAAGAGAAAAUGGACUUGGAGUUGAUGAGGUCUGACAUCCUCAAACAAACUGACAUGUUACAACGAGAUAAACAAGAUAUAAAGGAAGAGAAAGACAAGUUGGAAAUCACAAACACUGACCUGCAAAAGAAGAAAGAACAUGCAGACAGUCUGUUUGAUGAGAUAAACAGAGAGAAAACCAACAUUAAAGAUCUGACCCUUCAGGUCGAGACAAGUAGAGAACAGCUGAAGAAAGUCAUGAACAUUAUUGCCUUAAAACAAAAAGAACAAGAACUCAAAGAUGAUGACAUAAAAAGACAAGAAGAAGAACUGCAAACCGGUAAGAACAAUGUACUGGCAGGAAGGGAAGAAGUAGAAGUUUUGAGGAAGGAUCUCAACAAGAAGAAGGAAGAAGUUGAAGCUGCCAUGAACAGCAUCAGUGGAGAGAGAGAACAACUCAAUCAGAUGAAGAUGGGCAUUGAGAGAGAGAAAGAAAUACUUUUCAAUGAGAGAGAAGGAAUUGAAGGAGAAAAGUCUGAGCUGAAAAUGAAAGAAGAUGAACUCAUUACUAAAAUGAAAUCAGUAGAAACUCUGAGAGCCAAACUCAAACAUCUCAAUGAAAGGAUGGGUGAAGAUAUGAAAACAAAAGUCAACAGACUAGAACAAAACAAUGAAGAUGUAUUGAAACUGGUCAGUGCUUUAGAACAGAAGCAUGCAGCUCUGGAUGAACAGAAAGAAAAUAUGACAUGUUACACUGAGAUAUUAGACAAAGUAAAGGAAGGUCUGACAGGUUUACUCUCAAACAUGAUCAUCCAGAGAGAAGAUAUGGAAAAUCAGUUGAAGGAAACGUUUGAGAUGGAAAAACAAGAUCUUGAAAACCUGAAGGAUGAUUUGAAACUAGAGAGAGAGGAUCUGGAUACAACGAAGGACAUGAUGAAGAAAGAGAAAAUGGACUUGGAGUUGAUGAGGUCUGACAUCCUCAAACAAACUGACAUGUUACAACGAGAUAAACAAGAUAUAAAAGAAGAGAAAGACAAGUUGGACAUCACAAAUACUGAGCUGCAAAAGAAGAAAGAACAUGCAGACAGUCUGUUUGAUGAGAUAAACAGAGAGAAAACCAACAUUAAAGAUCUGACCCUUCAGGUUCAGACAAGUAGAGAACAGCUGAAGAAAGUCAUGAACAUUAUUGCCUUAAAACAAAAAGAACAAGAACUCAAAGACAUCAACAUAAAAAGACAAGAAGAAGAACUGCAAACCAGGAAGAACAACGUACUAGCAGAAAGAGAAGAAGUGGAACUUUUGAGGAAGGAUCUCAAUGAGAAGAAGGAAGAAGUUGAAGCUGCCAUGAACAGCAUCAGUGGAGAGAGAGAACAACUCAGUCAGAUGAAGGUUCAUAUUGACAUGGACAGAGAAAUACUUGAGAAGGAGAAGGAUAAAAUGGAAGGACUCCAGUCUGAGCUGAAAACGAGAGAAGAUGAGCUCAUGAGUAACUUAUUAACAAUUGAAACUUUGAGGGCUAAACUCAAAGAGGUGAAUGAAAAGACAUGUAAAGACAUGAAAAACAAAAUAGAGAGAUUAGAAGAAAACAAUGAAAAUUUGCAAAGGUUAUGCCUCACAAUGAAGCAAAAUCUUGCACAGCUCGAUCAAGAGAGAGACCAGAUGACAGUUUACAAUGAAUUUAUACGGAGAGGAAAGGAUGGUCUGAAAGGUUUAUUGUCAGAUAUGGUUAUACAGAGAGACAACAUGGAAAACCAAAAGAGAGAAGUUUUGUUGGAAAAAGAAGAUCUCUCCAAACUGAAGGCAGAGCAGAAACUAGAGAGAGAGGAUCUGGAUAGAGCGAAUGACAUGAUGGAGAAAGAGAAACUGGACUUGGAGCGGAUGAGAUCUGACAUCCGCAAACAAACUGACAUAUUACAACGAGAUAAACAAGAUAUAAAAGAAGAGAAAGACAAGUUGGAAAUCACAAACACUGACCUGCAAAAGAAGAAAGAACAUGCAGACAGUCUGUUUGAUGAGAUAAACAGAGAGAAAACCAACAUUAAAGAUCUGACCCUUCAGGUUGAGACAAGUAGAGAACAGCUGGAGAAAGUCAUGAACAUUAUUGCCUUAAAACAAAAAGAACAAGAAGUCAAAGAUGAUGACAUAAAAAGACAAGAAGAAGAACUGCAAACCGGUAAGAACAAUGUACUGGCAGAAAGGGAAGAAGUAGAAGUUUUGAGGAAGGAUCUCAACAAGAAGAAGGAAGAAGUUGAAGCUGCCAUGAACAGCAUCAGUGGAGAGAGAGAACAACUCAAUCAGAUGAAGAUGGGCAUUGAGAGAGAGAAAGAAAUACUUUCCAAUGAGAAAGAAGGAAUUGAAGGAGAAAAGUCUGAGCUGAAAAUGAAAGAAGAUCAACUCAUUACUAAAAUGAAAUCAGUAGAAACUUUGAGAGCCAAACUCAAACAUCUCAAUGAAAGAAUGGGUGAAGAUAUGAAAACAAAAGUUAACAGACUAGAAGAAAACAAUGAAGAUGUAUUGAAACUGGUCAGUGCUUUAGAACAGAAGCAUGCAGCUCUGGAUAAACAGAAAGAAAACAUGACAUGUUACACUGAGAUAUUAGACAAAGUAAAGGAGGGUCUGACAAGUUUACUCUCAAACAUGAUCAUCCAGAGAGAAGACAUGGAAAAUCAGUUGAAGGAAACGUUUGAGAUGGAAAAAGAAGAUCUUGAAAACCUGAAGGAUGAUUUGAAACUAGAGAGAGAGGAUCUGGAUACAGCGAAGGACAUGAUGAAGAAAGAGAAAAUGGACUUGGAGUUGAUGAGGUCUGACAUCCUCAAACAAACUGACAUGUUACAACGAGAUAAACAAGAUAUAAAGGAAGAGAAAGACAAGUUGGAAAUCACAAACACUAACCUGCAAAAGAAGAAAGAACAUGCAGACAGUCUGUUUGAUGAGAUAAACAGAGAGAAAACCAACAUUAAAGAUCUGACCCUUCAGGUCGAGACAAGUAGAGAACAGCUGAAGAAAGUCAUGAACAUUAUUGCCUUAAAACAAAAAGAACAAGAACUCAAAGAUGAUGACAUAAAAAGACAAGAAGAAGAACUGCAAACCGGUAAGAACAAUGUACUGGCAGGAAGGGAAGAAGUAGAAGUUUUGAGGAAGGAUCUCAACAAGAAGAAGGAAGAAGUUAAAGCUGCCAUGAACAGCAUCAGUGGAGAGAGAGAACAACUCAAUCAGAUGAAGAUGGGCAUUGAGAGAGAGAAAGAAAUACUUUCCAAUGAGAAAGAAGGAAUUGAAGGAGAAAAGUCUCAGCUGAAAAUGAAAGAAGAUCAACUCAUUUCUAAAAUGAAAUCAGUAGAAACUUUGAGAGCCAAACUCAAACAUCUCAAUGAAAGAAUGGGUGAAGAUAUGAAAACAAAAGUUAACAGACUAGAAGAAAACAAUGAAGCUGUAUUGAAACUGGUCAGUGCUUUAGAACAGAAGCAUGCAGCUCUGGAUAAACAGAAAGAAAACAUGACAUGUUACACUGAGAUAUUAGACAAAGUAAAGGAAGGUCUGACAAGUUUACUCUCAAACAUGAUCAUCCAGAGAGAAGACAUGGAAAAUCAGUUGAAGGAAACGUUUGAGAUGGAAAAACAAGAUCUUGAAAACCUGAAGGAUGAUUUGAAACUAGAGAGAGAGGAUCUGGAUACAGCGAAGGACAUGAUGAAGAAAGAGAAAAUGGACUUGGAGUUGAUGAGGUCUGACAUCCUCAAACAAACUGACAUGUUACAACGAGAUAAACAAGAUAUAAAGGAAGAGAAAGACAAGUUGGAAAUCACAAACACUGACCUGCAAAAGAAGAAAGAACAUGCAGACAGUCUGUUUGAUGAGAUAAACAGAGAGAAAACCAACAUUAAAGAUCUGACCCUUCAGGUCGAGACAAGUAGAGAACAGCUGAAGAAAGUCAUGAACAUUAUUGCCUUAAAACAAAAAGAACAAGAACUCAAAGAUGAUGACAUAAAAAGACAAGAAGAAGAACUGCAAACCGGUAAGAACAAUGUACUGGCAGGAAGGGAAGAAGUAGAAGUUUUGAGGAAGGAUCUCAACAAGAAGAAGGAAGAAGUUGAAGCUGCCAUGAACAGCAUCAGUGGAGAGAGAGAACAACUCAAUCAGAUGAAGAUGGGCAUUGAGAGAGAGAAAGAAAUACUUUUCAAUGAGAGAGAAGGAAUUGAAGGAGAAAAGUCUGAGCUGAAAAUGAAAGAAGAUGAACUCAUUACUAAAAUGAAAUCAGUAGAAACUCUGAGAGCCAAACUCAAACAUCUCAAUGAAAGGAUGGGUGAAGAUAUGAAAACAAAAGUCAACAGACUAGAACAAAACAAUGAAGAUGUAUUGAAACUGGUCAGUGCUUUAGAACAGAAGCAUGCAGCUCUGGAUGAACAGAAAGAAAAUAUGACAUGUUACACUGAGAUAUUAGACAAAGUAAAGGAAGGUCUGACAGGUUUACUCUCAAACAUGAUCAUCCAGAGAGAAGAUAUGGAAAAUCAGUUGAAGGAAACGUUUGAGAUGGAAAAACAAGAUCUUGAAAACCUGAAGGAUGAUUUGAAACUAGAGAGAGAGGAUCUGGAUACAACGAAGGACAUGAUGAAGAAAGAGAAAAUGGACUUGGAGUUGAUGAGGUCUGACAUCCUCAAACAAACUGACAUGUUACAACGAGAUAAACAAGAUAUAAAAGAAGAGAAAGACAAGUUGGACAUCACAAAUACUGAGCUGCAAAAGAAGAAAGAACAUGCAGACAGUCUGUUUGAUGAGAUAAACAGAGAGAAAACCAACAUUAAAGAUCUGACCCUUCAGGUUCAGACAAGUAGAGAACAGCUGAAGAAAGUCAUGAACAUUAUUGCCUUAAAACAAAAAGAACAAGAACUCAAAGACAUCAACAUAAAAAGACAAGAAGAAGAACUGCAAACCAGGAAGAACAACGUACUAGCAGAAAGAGAAGAAGUGGAACUUUUGAGGAAGGAUCUCAAUGAGAAGAAGGAAGAAGUUGAAGCUGCCAUGAACAGCAUCAGUGGAGAGAGAGAACAACUCAGUCAGAUGAAGGUUCAUAUUGACAUGGACAGAGAAAUACUUGAGAAGGAGAAGGAUAAAAUGGAAGGACUCCAGUCUGAGCUGAAAACGAGAGAAGAUGAGCUCAUGAGUAACUUAUUAACAAUUGAAACUUUGAGGGCUAAACUCAAAGAGGUGAAUGAAAAGACAUGUAAAGACAUGAAAAACAAAAUAGAGAGAUUAGAAGAAAACAAUGAAAAUUUGCAAAGGUUAUGCCUCACAAUGAAGCAAAAUCUUGCACAGCUCGAUCAAGAGAGAGACCAGAUGACAGUUUACAAUGAAUUUAUACGGAGAGGAAAGGAUGGUCUGAAAGGUUUAUUGUCAGAUAUGGUUAUACAGAGAGACAACAUGGAAAACCAAAAGAGAGAAGUUUUGUUGGAAAAAGAAGAUCUCUCCAAACUGAAGGCAGAGCAGAAACUAGAGAGAGAGGAUCUGGAUAGAGCGAAUGACAUGAUGGAGAAAGAGAAACUGGACUUGGAGCGGAUGAGAUCUGACAUCCGCAAACAAACUGACAUAUUACAACGAGAUAAACAAGAUAUAAAAGAAGAGAAAGACAAGUUGGAAAUCACAAACACUGACCUGCAAAAGAAGAAAGAACAUGCAGACAGUCUGUUUGAUGAGAUAAACAGAGAGAAAACCAACAUUAAAGAUCUGACCCUUCAGGUUGAGACAAGUAGAGAACAGCUGGAGAAAGUCAUGAACAUUAUUGCCUUAAAACAAAAAGAACAAGAAGUCAAAGAUGAUGACAUAAAAAGACAAGAAGAAGAACUGCAAACCGGUAAGAACAAUGUACUGGCAGAAAGGGAAGAAGUAGAAGUUUUGAGGAAGGAUCUCAACAAGAAGAAGGAAGAAGUUGAAGCUGCCAUGAACAGCAUCAGUGGAGAGAGAGAACAACUCAAUCAGAUGAAGAUGGGCAUUGAGAGAGAGAAAGAAAUACUUUCCAAUGAGAAAGAAGGAAUUGAAGGAGAAAAGUCUCAGCUGAAAAUGAAAGAAGAUCAACUCAUUACUAAAAUGAAAUCAGUAGAAACUUUGAGAGCCAAACUCAAACAUCUCAAUGAAAGAAUGGGUGAAGAUAUGAAAACAAAAGUUAACAGACUAGAAGAAAACAAUGAAGCUGUAUUGAAACUGGUCAGUGCUUUAGAACAGAAGCAUGCAGCUCUGGAUAAACAGAAAGAAAACAUGACAUGUUACACUGAGAUAUUAGACAAAGUAAAGGAGGGUCUGACAAGUUUACUCUCAAACAUGAUCAUCCAGAGAGAAGACAUGGAAAAUCAGUUGAAGGAAACGUUUGAGAUGGAAAAAGAAGAUAUUGAAAACCUGAAGGAUGAUUUGAAACUAGAGAGAGAGGAUCUGGAUACAGCGAAGGACAUGAUGAAGAAAGAGAAAAUGGACUUGGAGUUGAUGAGGUCUGACAUCCUCAAACAAACUGACAUGUUACAACGAGAUAAACAAGAUAUAAAGGAAGAGAAAGACAAGUUGGAAAUCACAAACACUGACCUGCAAAAGAAGAAAGAACAUGCAGACAGUCUGUUUGAUGAGAUAAACAGAGAGAAAACCAACAUUAAAGAUCUGACCCUUCAGGUCGAGACAAGUAGAGAACAGCUGAAGAAAGUCAUGAACAUUAUUGCCUUAAAACAAAAAGAACAAGAACUCAAAGAUGAUGACAUAAAAAGACAAGAAGAAGAACUGCAAACCGGUAAGAACAAUGUACUGGCAGGAAGGGAAGAAGUAGAAGUUUUGAGGAAGGAUCUCAACAAGAAGAAGGAAGAAGUUGAAGCUGCCAUGAACAGCAUCAGUGGAGAGAGAGAACAACUCAAUCAGAUGAAGAUGGGCAUUGAGAGAGAGAAAGAAAUACUUUCCAAUGAGAAAGAAGGAAUUGAAGGAGAAAAGUCUCAGCUGAAAAUGAAAGAAGAUCAACUCAUUUCUAAAAUGAAAUCAGUAGAAACUUUGAGAGCCAAACUCAAACAUCUCAAUGAAAGAAUGGGUGAAGAUAUGAAAACAAAAGUUAACAGACUAGAAGAAAACAAUGAAGCUGUAUUGAAACUGGUCAGUGCUUUAGAACAGAAGCAUGCAGCUCUGGAUAAACAGAAAGAAAACAUGACAUGUUACACUGAGAUAUUAGACAAAGUAAAGGAAGGUCUGACAAGUUUACUCUCAAACAUGAUCAUCCAGAGAGAAGACAUGGAAAAUCAGUUGAAGGAAACGUUUGAGAUGGAAAAACAAGAUCUUGAAAACCUGAAGGAUGAUUUGAAACUAGAGAGAGAGGAUCUGGAUACAGCGAAGGACAUGAUGAAGAAAGAGAAAAUGGACUUGGAGUUGAUGAGGUCUGACAUCCUCAAACAAACUGACAUGUUACAACGAGAUAAACAAGAUAUAAAGGAAGAGAAAGACAAGUUGGAAAUCACAAAUACUGACCUGCAAAAGAAGAAAGAACAUGCAGACAGUCUGUUUGAUGAGAUAAACAGAGAGAAAACCAACAUUAAAGAUCUGACCCUUCAGGUCGAGACAAGUAGAGAACAGCUGAAGAAAGUCAUGAACAUUAUUGCCUUAAAACAAAAAGAACAAGAACUCAAAGAUGAUGACAUAAAAAGACAAGAAGAAGAACUGCAAACCGGUAAGAACAAUGUACUGGCAGAAAGGGAAGAAGUAGAAGUUUUGAGGAAGGAUCUCAACAAGAAGAAGGAAGAAGUUGAAGCUGCCAUGAACAGCAUCAGUGGAGAGAGAGAACAACUCAGUCAGAUGAAGAUGGGCAUUGAGAGAGAGAAAGAAAUACUUUCCAAUGAGAAAGAAGGGAUUGAAGGAGAAAAGUCUGAGCUGAAAAUGAAAGAGGAUCAAAUCAUUACUAAAAUGAAAUCAGUAGAAAUUUUGAGAGCCAAACUCAAACAUCUGAAUGAAAGAAUGGGUGAAGAUAUGAACACAAAAGUCAACAGAAUAGAAGAAAACAAUGAAGCUGUAUUGAAACUGGUCAGUGCUUUAGAACAGAAGCAUGCAGCUCUGGAUGAACAGAAAGAAAAUAUGACAUGUUACACUGAGAUAUUAGACAAAGUAAAGGAAGGUCUGACAGGUUUACUCUCAAACAUGAUCAUCCAGAGAGAAGACAUGGAAAAUCAGUUGAAGGAAACGUUUGAGAUGGAAAAAGAAGAUCUUGAAAAGCAGAAGGAUGAUUUGAAACUAGAGAGAGAGGAUCUGGAUACAGCGAAGGACAUGAUGAAGAAAGAGAAACUGGACUUGGAGUUGAUGAGGUCUGACAUCCUCAAACAAACUGACAUGUUACAACGAGAUAAACAAGAUAUAAAAGAAGAGAAAGACAAGUUGGAAAUCACAAAUACUGAGCUGCAAAAGAAGAAAGAACAUGCAGACAGUUCAGACAAGUAG